AUGAAAGAAGAAAAACUUUUUUUCACAGAUCCUCAAAAUGGUGAUACAGACGAUGCUAAAGACGACUGUAUCACAGAGGAAGAAGCCAUUAAGGGAAAUUUGAAGAAAAUAUUCUUGGAAGCUAUAGACAAGAGCAAAUACGACCCCAUGACCUUUUUGAAGACCAAAGAGGAGACAAUACGAUCUCUUCUGCAAAAAGAACUUGCUCAAAGAAAAAGGAUGAAAUUUUACCUCACUUUGCAAGUUCGUUUCACGAAGACCCGAGGGAAUCAAGAGGAGCACGCCGAACCCCAUUUCCAUGGACGCUGUCAUAUUGUGCUUAAAAAAGAAGACAUUGAACAGGCCCUACGAGAUAGCAUUAUGAAAAUUAUUAACUCUUUCUUAGAAUACCAAAGGGAAGGAAGUAAUUGGGCAUUGGAUGAAGUCAUCGGGCUCAAUAUUCACGUCGUCAACUACAGCCCAAUAAAAGGUUCCAGCUACAUUCCAUUACCUGCCAAAUUGGCUCAUAAAAAAGCUAUCGUUAACUUACAAAAUACGGACCAAAAAUGUUUCAUGUGGUCGGUGUUAUCUUCUCUUUACCCUGCAACAAAAGACCCUCAGCGGGUUAUAAAUUAUGUACAACAUGUGGAUAGACUCGAUUUUACAGACAUUCCGUUCCCGGUUCGAAUAGGAGACAUUCCUAAAUUUGAGAAAAAGAACAACAUCUCUGUGAACGUGUUUGGGUAUGAAAAAAGUGAACUUUAUCCCCUUCAUCUCACUAAAGAAAGAGGGUUAAAACAUGUUGAUCUCCUUGUAAUUUCCAAAGGGUCAAAGCAUCACUACUGUUGGAUCAAAAAUUUCAACAGAUUGAUGGGAGAUCAAAACGGAGAUAAUAACCAAUAUUUCUAUUGUCAUUACUGUCUCCAUGGUUUUACAAAAGAAAGUCUUCUCAAGAAACAUGUCCCUAACUGCCAAGUACAUGGUGCUCAGCGGACCGAAAUGCCAACCGAGGAGGACAAAUGGCUGAAGUAUACAGAUGUAUCUAAGCAACUCAAAGUUCCGUUUGUGAUCUAUGCUGACUUUGAGAGUGUUCUACAGAGGCAUUAUGGAUGUCAACGGUAUCCCAGCAAGUCCUCUACCAUCAAGUUGGCUCGUCACAUACCGUCUGGUUUUACUUACAAAGUUGUAGGUAUUUCACCAGACACCGUUGAAAAUCACGUGACGUAUCGUGGCCCUGAUGCCGUUGACAAGUUUAUUGAGCACAUGGUCAAUGUGGAAGAACGCCUCGUGAAUGCUCUUAAGAACCCAAAGCCGAUGCAUUUGUCCGACGAAGAACUUGCUGCUUUCCGAUCAGCCACUUAUUGUUGCAUUUGUAGCCAAGUUCUGGGGGAUGACAUUGUUCGUGAUCACUGUCAUGUGACGGGGAAAUUCCGGGGUGCUGCUCAUAGCAACUGUAAUCUUAACUUAAGACUGAGAGAAAGAAUCCCAGUAUUCUUUCAUAACCUCAAAGGUUAUGAUGCACAUCACAUUAUGACCGCCAUCGGCAAAAUCAAGCAUAAAAAGAUUAGCUGCAUCCCCCAGAAUCACGAGAAGUACAUUUCAUUUUCGCUGGGGAAACUAGACUUCGUAGACACAUUUCAAUUUUUGUCAACUUCCCUUGACAAACUCUCUGCCAAUCUCGGAAAAGAAGGCAUCCAUAAGUUUCCUCAUCUACGAGCUUACGUUGCCUCCUCUCAUCCUGGAAAUGAGCAAUCAAAACUUCAGUUGCUCAAUAGAAAAGGAGUUUAUCCGUAUCGAUACAUGAACUCCUUUAAAAGAUUUCAAGAGUCGACACUUCCACCCCAACGGGCUUUCUACAAUGAUCUAGACGGAAAGACCGUGUCUGAUAAAGACUAUUUACAUGCACAGUGGGUUUGGGACGUCUUUCAAAUUAAAAAUUUAGGACAAUACCACGAUCUGUACAUGGAGACAGACGUGCAUCUUCUGGCAGACGUGUUUGAAAAUUUCCGAAGUCUUUGUCUUGAAAUGUACGGUCUCGAUGCGGCUCAUUUUUACACGGCCCCGGGAUUAGCUUGGCAGGCCGCUCUGAAAAUGACGGGUGUGGAGCUCGAGUUAUUAACCGAUCCAGACAUGCAUCUUUUCGUGGAAAAGGGGCUCAGAGGUGGUAUUGCUAUGAUUUCUAAAAGGCACGCGAAAGCCAAUAAUCCCUAUCUAAACGACUACGAUCCGCAUCAACCUUCAAACUAUCUGAUGUACUUAGAUGCCAACAAUCUCUACGGGUGGGCCAUGAGUCAACAUCUACCAACUCAUGAUUUUUGUUGGCUAACCUCUGAUGAGAGAGAGACGAUCGACGUCAAUUCUGUCUCUAUGGAGGGGGACACUGGCUAUAUCUUUGAAGUAGAUCUGAAAUAUCCCUCGGAAUUGCAUGACUGCCACAGUGACUAUCCGUUAGCUCCCGAAUCAUUUAAAAUAAAACCAGAGAUGCUUUCACCAUAUCAGAAAGACCUUUUGACUAGGCUUGGAAUGAAAGAAGGCUCUGCUACCAAAUUAGUCCCAAACCUUUUUGAUAAAGAGAAAUAUGUCGUCCACUACAGAAAUUUGCAACUCUACUUGGCUUUGGGAAUGAGACUGACCAAAAUUCAUCGGGUACUGUCUUUCAAACAAAGUCCUUGGCUGAAAGCUUAUAUCGAUUUCAAUACAACAAUGCGAAAAGGGGCCAAAAACGAGUUUGAGAAAGAUUUUUUCAAACUCAUGAAUAACAGUGUUUUCGGGAAGACCAUGGAAAAUCUGCGGAAAAGGGUGGACAUUCAACUCGUUCACCAGAAGAAAAGACUCUUAAAGCUUUCGGCUAAACCUGGGUUUAAAUCCUUCAAGAUCUUCAAUGCAGAUCUUGCUUCUGUAGAGCUUACCAAACAAAAAUUGGUCCUCAAUAGACCAAAUUAUGUGGGAUUUUCCAUUUUGGAACUUUCCAAAGUCUUGAUGUACGAUUUCCACUAUAAUUACAUCAAGGAAAAGUAUGGCGAUCGCGCUACUCUCUGCUUUACAGACACAGACUCUUUGUGUUACGACAUAUCCACCGAGGAUGUGUAUGUAGACAUGAAGGAGAGUCAGUAUUGCUUUGAUUUCAGUGAUUACCCUGAAACACAUUUUCUUCAUAGCAAUGUCAACAAAAAGGUCUUAGGUAAAAUGAAGGAUGAAUGUCAAGGUCAUACCAUGCGAGAAUCCGUAGGUCUAAAGCCCAAGAUGUACAGUUUCAUUUACGAAAAGAAAAUAGUUCAAAACGAGAACGAAUUUAUUUGUCAAGAAGAAAAGAAAAGAGCCAAGGGCGUGAAAAAGGCAGUCGUGCAAUCGAGCAUACAACACGAAAACUAUAAAAAUUGUCUUUUAAAAAAAGAGUUUCAGAUGGAGUCGAUGGUGACGUUCAGAUCAUUUAACCACCAAAUAUACACUGUUGUUCUAAAUAAAACCAGUCUGAGCCCCUUUGACGAUAAGAGACACAUUCUUAAGGACGGUAUUCACACCUUAGCUCAUGGUCAUUAUAAGACUUAA